CAUCUUUUUAUUCCAGACGGCGGGUUCAUAUUGAGCCUAACGAUAAAUUGAGCCUAAAAAAAGAUAAACACGUAUCUUACGAACGAAACGUUUUGUCGCUUUUAUUUGCAUGUUGUGAGAACACGGCUUAAACAAUGUUACACAGCUCCCACAUUACUGAGAUGUCAAAAAUAAAAUGUAAAUAAACAAGACAAGACAAGCUUCUGUUUCUAACCUCAAUAGUUGUGUUUUCUGCUCAAUAGCAAGAAUAGUAAUACUAAUAUAAAAUUUACGUUAAGGCCUAAAAAUUGAAAGUCCUUAAUAAAUAGAAGGUAUACAAAAUGACAAUAAAUAAUUGGACCUUGGUAAAAAUAGCCUCUAUUGGGGGUAUAGCGACAGUAGCACUGGGAUAUAUGACACAAGUUAAAAUCCAAAAUAACAUAACAGAAACAUCAUUUUUCAAAGAGAGCAUGAAAUUAGUGAGGAGCCAUCCAGCAGCUGUACAUUUAUUUGGAGAACCUAUAAGAGUUGGUAGAAUUGAUGUUGGUAAUAACAAAAAAAAUUUUAUUGAUGGUAAUCAAGCUCAGUUUGAGGUGCCACUAAAGGCCCCUAAACAGAAAGGGACAAUGUUUCUUUAUGUAAAGAAAAAGGAUGAAGAUUUGGAGUGGAGUCUUGAUAAAAUUGAACUUGAAUUUAAAAAUCAACCUAACAAAAGAUUAAUAAUAAGAAAACCUGAAAGUUAGUAAGAUUUUAUUUUAAUUUAUAUUAUAAUUCAGUAGUAUUAUUGUUGUUGCAAGAGUUUUAUGUAAAAGUAAGUCUAUAAUAAAUGUUUUUGAUUAAA